AUGACGGAACCAUCCCCAAACCCUGCGCCAGAACACGACAUGGACGCUCCGCUCCUAAACGGCGAAGCCCAAAUGCAACAACAACUCGCAGACGUAGAAAUGGCAGAUUCUACAAACGACCAGCCUGUACUCGCCCCAGCAGCACACCCAGCCACAGCCCCCGCAUCAUCGCGCAACUCGCCGCAUCCCACAGCGCAGGCGCCGACGCAGCCGAUUCCGCACGGGAGCCCGACGCGGGUGUAUUUGAAUCAGCAUGUGACGCCGUACUUGCUCGAGGCGAUGAAGCAUCUUGCGACGCAAGAGCCGGAGAAGCCGUUGAAGUGGUUGAGUGAGUUUUUGGCGCAGAAGAGUGCAGAGGUUGAGGGGGCUUGA